AUGUUAACUCAGUUGUUAGAAAAAGCUAAACAAAAAAAGUUACUAUUUAAUCUAUGGCUAAUUCUGAGCUUAAUAUUUACAUUAUUCUCAAAGUUAUUAAUGCAGUCAAUCUUCCCAUAUCCAAUAAUUUUAACUUUCAUCCAUAUGCUUACAAGCUCAAUACUGAGUAAUAUUGUAGUAGUAUAUAAAAAAAAGAAGGAUCCUACAUGGAGUGUUGAUCAUGAAUUAACUGGAUCUGAAAAGAUAAAAAUUUUGCUUUUCAGUGUUAUAGUUGCCAUCAAUAUAUGGAUUUCAAAUGCAUCUCUUUAUGCAGUUUCUAUUUCCCUACAUCAAAUAUUGCGUACAAGUAUUCCACUAUUUACUAUGGGAAUAGGUGUUGUCUUUUUCAAACAUCAAUAUAAAUUAUCACAAUUACCUCAAGUUAUUAUGGUUAUAAUAGGAGUUGCAAUUACAGUAAAUGUUACUCCAUCUGUAAAAUUCAAUGAGAUUAUUAUAGUUUUAUUUGGAUGUAUUAUUUCGUCUUUAAAAGGUAUCAUUACUCAAAAAUUGCAAGUUGAUAAUAUCAAAAUUUCGCCAAUAAUCAUGUUGCAGUACGUUAGCCCAGUAGCCACAAUGACUCUGGCAUUAUUUACUGUAAUAUUUGGUGAAUUAUAUAGUUUUAUAUUACAAUAUAAAUGUGAUUUAUUUGAAACAAUAAUAAUGUUUGGAUCACUCAUGUUAGCAGGAAUAAUGGCAUUCUUAAUCAAUAUAUUAAGCUUUAGCAAUGCUGCUGUAAUAUCUCCUUUAACUAUGAAUAUAGCUGGAAACGUAAAACAAAUACUUACAUGCCUUAUAGGAUGUAUAAUUUUCAAAAAUCCAAUAACAUUCAAGCUCAUUAUUGGUAUAAUACUAACAAGUAUAGGUGCUACUUGGUAUUCUAUGAGCAAAUGCAGCCCUAUUGACUCAAAAAACAUAGAAUAUACUAAGGAACCUCAGUUAUGUAAUGAAAAAGAUAAUAUUGAAAUGAGUUCAGACUUUAAAAGUGAUUCAGUAGAUUUAAGUAGAUUUAUAACUAUGGAUUUAAGUAGUGAAGCUAAUUCAUUAAUUGAAGAUGAUAUACCCAAAGUGAUAUUAGAAAACCAAAAGGAAAACUUCAAUAACUUAACUAAUAUAGUAACAGAAGAAGAAAUAGAUAUAGAUCUUAUGUUUGAUACAACUUAUCAACUAGCUAUUGAUAAUAUUUUUAAGGGAGAGAACGAGAAAGAAAAUAUUCCAUUGGGGUAUCAAUGGAUAAAGUACAAUACAAAUACUCAAAGCUAA